CAAACGGUUGGAGGAAACCGAGGCCAAGCCGCGGCCCCACGAUUCUAACUGUCAUCCUUUAUAUAGAUGCCUCUCAUCUCUACCCUCCAUCUAUCUUUCACGAAUCUUCCAACACCCAUCUAUCGCCCACUCCUGCUGUUCCUUCUUUCCCUCCCUUUCACCUUGCAUGACAACCUCUCAACUCUUUAUUAUGAAAUGCUGAGACCAAACUGUAUCCCUUCCUCUUUCUCCAACGACAGAAGACAAAGAGAGAGAAAGAGCGAGAGAUCGUCUUCCCUUGUUGCAUGUUUCUUGUGGUAAGGCUUCACUGGCAUUGAUCGACGUCAAACAAGGAAGAAGACAAUGGUUCAGAUCAGCAACAGCCUUGUGGGCUUCCUCAACUUCCUAACCCUGCUCAUCUCCUUCCCCAUCCUCGGCGCCGGGCUGUGGUUCCGUCUCCAUGCCGCGACGGAGUGCGAGAGGUUCCUGCAACUACCUCUCCUCGUGUUGGGCGGGUUCCUCCUGGUGGUGUCGGUGCUGGGCCUGAUCGGCGCCUGCUGCCGCGUGUCGUUCUUCAUGUGGCUCUACCUCUUCGUGAUGUUCCUGUUGAUCCUCGCCAUGAUCGUCUUCACCAUCUUCGCGUUCGUGGUGACGAACAAGGGCGUGGGCGAGGCGGUGUCGGGCGUGGGGUUCAAGGAGUACCGGCUCAGCGACUACUCGGGAUGGCUGCAGAAGAGGGUGGAGAACUGGGAGACGUGGAGGCAGAUCGACGGCUGCUUGAAGGACGCACAAGUAUGCGCCGGGUUUGAGGGCUUCGCUGGUCUCCAGGCCAGCCAGUUCUUCGCCAAAAACCUAUCACCCUUACAGUCUGGGUGCUGCAAGCCCCCAACAUUCUGUGGAUUCCAGUACAAGAAUGCUACUUUUUGGACAAUUCCCACAACAGGGCUUAAAUCGACAGAUGCUGACUGCAAACUGUGGAGCAAUGACCAGGACAAGCUGUGCUACGACUGUGGCUCAUGCAAGGCAGGUGUGCUUGCAACCUUGAAGACCAAGUGGAAGGCGGUUUCCAUCUUCAAUGUUGCCCUCCUUGUGUUUCUCAUCAUAGUCUACUCAAUUGGUUGUUGUGCUCUGCGAAACAAUAGAGCUAAGAGGCACGGGGGUUACUAUCCCUAUGCUCGUUGA